GUGGAAGAUCAUGGAGUCUCAUGGAGCAUUCUAGCGCGUGCUACAACGUUCCUGCCUCAGAACAGCACUGCAAACCAACGACCCCCCCCCCCCCUCCAAAGCAAAGCAAAAGCCGCAACCCGCCUUCCCCCCCACCCCAUCUAUAAAUCCUUAUCCACCAAAGCACUCCCACCUCUCUCUCUUCCUUCAUCAUCUUACACGCACAACCACAACACUGCAACCUCUCUUCUCCGCGCUCUUACAGACAAAUUCUUUUCUUCUUUACCUCCACCUACACCUAAUACUCGCAUAGACAACAACCUCUACAACAGAUUUCAAAAUGGUGGCCGCUGUCGGUAUCGAUUUGGGAACCACCUACUCCUGCGUGGGUGUUUUCAGAGAUGACCGUAUCGAGAUCAUUGCAAAUGACCAGGGAAACCGAACAACCCCAUCAUUCGUUGCGUUCACCGACACGGAACGUCUGAUUGGUGACUCGGCCAAGAACCAGGUCGCUAUGAACCCUCACAACACCGUCUUCGACGCCAAGCGAUUGAUCGGACGGAAAUUCGAGGAUGCUGAGGUUCAGUCGGACAUGAAGCACUUCCCCUUCAAGGUUAUCAACAAGCUCGGAAAGCCCAUCAUCCAGAUCGAGUUCAAGGGCGAGACCAAGGAGUUCACCCCCGAGGAGAUCUCGUCGAUGGUCCUGUCCAAGAUGAAGGAGACUGCUGAGGCUUACCUCGGAGGAACCCUCACCAACGCCGUUGUCACUGUCCCUGCAUACUUCAACGACUCCCAGCGUCAGGCUACCAAGGAUGCUGGUAUGAUUGCCGGUCUCAACGUCCUCCGUAUCAUCAACGAGCCCACCGCUGCCGCUAUCGCGUACGGACUCGACAAGAAGACGAUCGGCGAGCGUAACGUCCUCAUCUUCGAUCUCGGUGGUGGAACUUUCGAUGUGUCUCUCUUGACCAUCGAGGAGGGUAUUUUCGAGGUUAAGGCCACCGCUGGUGACACUCACUUGGGUGGUGAGGAUUUCGACAACCGCCUUGUCAACCACUUCGUUCAGGAGUUCAAGCGCAAGCACAAGAAGGACUUGACCAGCAACGCUCGUGCCCUUCGUCGUCUCCGCACUGCUUGCGAGCGGGCCAAGCGCACCCUUUCCUCUUCGGCUCAGACCUCGGUUGAGAUCGAUUCGCUCUACGAGGGCGUUGACUUCUAUACUUCGAUCACCCGUGCCCGUUUCGAGGAGCUCUGCCAGGACCUCUUCCGUUCCACCAUGGAGCCCGUCGAGCGCGUCCUCCGCGACUCCAAGAUCGACAAGUCUUCCGUUCACGAGAUCGUCUUGGUCGGAGGAUCCACCCGUAUCCCCAAGAUCCAGAAGCUCGUCUCGGACUUCUUCAACGGUAAGGAGCCCAACAAGUCCAUCAACCCCGAUGAGGCUGUUGCCUACGGUGCCGCCGUCCAGGCCGCUAUCCUUACCGGAGACACUUCUUCCAAGACUCAGGAGAUUCUUCUUCUCGACGUCGCUCCUCUGUCGCUCGGUAUUGAGACCGCUGGAGGUGUCAUGACUGCGUUGAUCAAGCGUAACACCACCAUCCCCACCAAGAAGUCUGAGGUCUUCUCUACCUUCUCGGACAACCAGCCCGGUGUCUUGAUCCAGGUCUUCGAGGGUGAGCGUGCUCGCACCAAGGACAACAACCUGCUCGGAAAGUUCGAGCUUACCGGUAUCCCCCCUGCGCCCCGUGGUGUUCCUCAAAUCGAGGUCACCUUUGACAUCGAUGCCAACGGUAUCCUCAACGUCUCCGCCGUUGAGAAGGGUACUGGAAAGACCAACAAGAUCACUAUCACCAAUGACAAGGGCCGUCUUUCCAAGGAGGAGAUCGAGCGCAUGUUGGCCGAGGCCGAGAAGUACAAGGAGGAGGAUGCCGCCGAGGCUGAGCGUAUCCAGGCCAAGAACUCUCUCGAGUCUUACGCCUACUCGCUCCGCAACACUCUCAGCGACGAGAAGGUUGGCGACAAGCUCGAUGCCGACGACAAGGCCAAGCUUCAGAAGGCUAUCGACGAGUCGGUUGAGUGGUUGGACAACAACACCACUGCCACCAAGGACGAGUUCGAGUCUCAGCAGCGUGAGCUUGAGGCUAUCGCCAACCCCAUCAUGAUGAAGUUCUACCAGAGCCAGGGUGGCGCUCCCGGUGGUGGCAUGCCCGGAGGAAUGCCUGGUGGUGGCUUCCCCGGUGCCGGUGCUGGAGGACCUCCUGGUGCCUCUGACGACGGUCCUACCGUUGAGGAGGUCGACUAAAUGUGUCGCUCUUUUCGAUAGGGAGUUAGAAGUGUCUUCAUACAAGGCGAGGGAUGGGUGUCUUUUUCUUAUGCGUGUUCUUGUAUGAAAACUCCUUUAAUUUCUUGUUUGGGGACGCUUACAGGGUCGUAAAAAAUGGGGAUGGUUUUGUAGUCGGCUCUUCUUUUUUCUUCUCUCUUUCCUUUGUAUUCUCUUCAUGGUUUUCUUACGGUUCUCGGGGUUUUUUCUGCGGGUUUACUGCUUUUUCUUUCGAUUCUCUGUACUUACUCUACGAAAUUUAUGGAGUCAUGAUUCACACAGACUCUACAUACGUGAUACCUACAAAACGCUUGUGACAUUAGCUCGGUGAAAGUACCGAAUGGAAAUCGAGUCUUCAUUCUGCC